ACCAUCAUCUACAUCUUUAUCAUCAGUAACAACAAUCUCAACACUCAUUCAACAAGGAAACUUCUAUAUAGUGGCUUGAUAUGCUAGAAAUAGCAGUCUAAUCUCCUUCUCAUUACAACUGGCUGUUAUAAAAAAAAAGGAAGAUACAUUGGGGAAAUGUAGUCCUAGACACACUUAUAGACAUUAAGGCUGGAAUAGUCAUGGCUGGAAAGCCUUUGAUCAUCACUUAGGACUGACCUGAGGCUAAACAGCAACUACAACCACCACCACAGCAAUGAAGUCCCUGGUUGUCUGACAUACUAGAAAUAGUAGUCAGAUCUUCCUCAAAUCUUAACUCUCUUAAUGUAAGACAUUGAAUUAUGAGGUUCUAAGUUCAUUGAAAAAGACAGGGUAGUCAUGGUUAGAAUGCCUUCGAUCUUAUGGUUGGGGCUGACCUAGGGUUAAACAACAACUACAACCAAUACAGUUUUUAAAACAUGCUGACACAGGUCACAAUCGAAGCAUAAACAUCAGUGCAGCAGCAGCAAUAAUGGUGGUGGUGGUGGUGUAAGCUCUAAAAUAAUCCUGGUACAAGCAGACACACACACACACACACACACACACACGUGCCCCACCACCACCUCCAUACACAUCCACUCUGCCACUGUCAGUCAUUGUUAGACAAGUUUAUCCUCAUACAACCAACGUCCUACAGUGUUGAUGGUCGUUCGGCUGUGUAUACCUCGGUCAUCAAUGUCUUCUCAACAUAAGCUAGUGUGGUACAGAUAUUACAACAACGUGUUGGGGCCUUGUUACGACUUCACUUAAUGCACAUCAGCAUCUUUAUUAUUAUUGUUAUCAUCAUCAUUAUCACAAUUUUGCAGAUGAAGAUCAUUUAAGACACUAGUUAGGAUUAUUGGAAGUUUCAAGUAUUUUCCUUAACCCUCUGCGAUGCUCAGGUUUCGAUAUAGACCGGAAGAUGAUGCAAAUUUCAAACCUCCAUUGCAAGGACCAAGAAAACUUGUGCAAAUCAAAAUUCUCGCCCGUUCUCCAACAGGGAAACAGGAAAACAAGAACAAUGUUAACAGUUCAACACAAACUUCAGCAAAUCUUGUUGAUGUCAAUAAGACACAGAAAUCUGGUACAUCUUCUCUCCCACAGCAAACUGAAAGCCCAGGCACAGUUUCAAAUGAGAGCAAGGACCGACAAAGUUCUUUACCACCAGAAACACUAUCCAAAACCAUUCACCAUUCGCAACCAAUUACUAAACUUUCCCCAAAGAUAUUUCCCAACAAUAUCAACAUGGCAGUUGAUGUUUGUAAGAAUGUGUCGUCAACUUCACAUAUGUUGAGCUGGGACAACAAUAUUCAUAAAUCAUCUUUACAUCAAACAACAGGAUCUGAUCAAAACAUUCCCACUGCCAAAUGUCUUGAGAACCCUGAAAAACAAGCAACGAACCUCAGGCAAGAUUCAAACACUUUCAACAACUUGUCAACUCUUUUACAAAUAGCAGUUGCUACUGCUGCACCUCGCAAAAAGAGUUGCUUUUCGAUUUCUCCUACGAUUACUCCAUCAACAGAGUCGAGCUGUAUUCCCGCUUGCUCUCCUUCCCCUGUUACUAUGGAGACAAAGUUACCUAGCCAUCAUAUCCAGCCCCAAGAUAUUUCCACAGGGGAUCAGCAGAAAGGGUGCAGCAGCAUGAGCAAUGUGCACCAUCCUCGGCGGCGCAAGCGACGGCCUAUGAAUGGUGUUAAGACAGUGGAUGUUAUUCGCGGCACACUUGGCUACGGUUUCACGAUUUCUGGUCAGGGUCCUUGUACCCUGAGUUGUAUUGUAAGUGGGAGCCCUGCUGAAGCUAUUGGCCUCAAACCUGGUGACUUCCUUCUGGCUGUCAAUGGGGAGAAUGUUUCCAAGGCACCACAUGAUGAGGUUGUGCGUAUGAUUGGCACUUCAGUGGGAACCCUUACUCUGCAGGUAGCUGAAAAUGUCAACAACUCUGAUUCUUCAGAUGAAGAUAUUCCACAACGGCAGAAGUUCCGACACCCACAUCGUUUACGAUCUCGACAAGUUGGUGUAAACCGAGUUUUGAAAGAUCAUAACAGUCAACAAGUGGAACAGGUCACUGCCACGGCUGUCAGGAAGAAACCACCGAUUUCAGAAAGUUUACAGUCAGCUGCUCUUCUUAAACAAAAGCCUCCGAUUGGUGCUGGGAGACGAAAUGUUUGGGACCAGGAGAAUACAGGUUUCACAAUGCAGGAACCCAAUUUAGCUUUUAGAAAUGUGUAUUUGAAUUCCCACACAUCACAUUUCAAUAAUGUCCAGAAGGUAGAUAAAACUGAUUGGGUCCAGAAAACUGUCACAAACCCAGCUGAUGGUCAGACUGCUUCAAAUGCAGAGCUUUCCAGUAGAUUGCAUGCAACCAGGAGUUCUCGCAGCGGAAGGCAGUCUGCUCCAUGCAAUAUUGCAAUGUCUGUCGACCCAGAGGUAUCUGAAGAAGAAUGGUCCUUCCAGUGUGACCCAAAUGUUGAUAAACACUUUGUUGUUGGUUAUGUCGGAACCAUUGAGAUGCCUGGUGACAAAAAUUCCCAGCAUGCUCGGUUGCAGUCAUUUCAUAAUGCAGUACGCAGGUUGAGACUUGAGAAGAAGAUUCACACACUUGUUGCUUUAACAAUCUCAGUAAAUGGUGUGAAACUGACAAAUGCUGUGCGUAAGGUCCUGGCUGUGUACCCUGUGCACAGGAUUAUGUUUUGUGGCAUCUGUCCUGAUGACAACCUCUAUUUUGGUAUUGUGACUUCAAAUUGUUCUAAUGAUGGGAAUGAAUCCAUAAGACUGGAGUAUGCCCCUAGUUUCUCUUGUCAUGUGUUUAAAGUAAAUACUGACAUUCAGGCACAUUACAUGCAUGCACAGAAAGCUCGUGUCUUUCAGUUUGAAUGCACUCGUAGCCGAGACUUACGCCGUUGCUUUGAGUUUCCCCAAACUGCACUUCCAGUCAUUGAACCGAUCUCUGCCCUUUAUAGAGACAGACAGAACAGUCAAGACAAUUUCCCCAUCACUCAAGUAUUUAAUGAACCAUCUGUCACUCCAGUUCAGAAUGUUGCUGUUAACAGCAGCAGUAGCAGUAGCAGUAGUAGUAAUAGUGACAGUGGUCUUGGUUUUGGAAGGGAUGACUCCCGUAAUGAGGCCGUGUUUGUGGUCGACAUGAACCAGUUACCUAAUGAUCAAUACCGAAUGACCAAUGCCAACAGACAUUCUCUCCCUUCACAAUCUCUCCAUCAACAUUUGUCUCCAUCUGUCGAUACAAUGCCCACCCCACAAUCGGCGUUCCGUUCAACCAGUGCUGCAAACAUGCAUGCCCAGACCAAAAUCAUUUCCAAUAAUGAAGACCCAAAACAAGGUCGUUUGACUCUCAGAGCCAUGCCUAACCCCGUCUUGGAUUUACCCUCUCCUUUUGAGCAGCCAAACUGCAGCAACACAAAAGUUUCUGACCAAAAUUUAAGCACUACAGGCAUUCUGUCAUAUAAGUAUCGUUCCAAGCAGGGUGUGGAACACAGAUCUCGGAGCCGAGAAACAGUUUCCAAAAUGAAUUCUAGCAAUCAACGUUUGUCUUCCGGGGAACGUAAGUUUGAACCCCGUCCACUGUCAGCCCCUUAUCACCAACUUUCCAAUGGGAAAUUGACUGUUGUCACUACUUGUUCUUCAAAUACUGAUUUUCUUGAUGAUAAACUGAGUCCCAGGGCAACUCCUUGUAAUUCCAAAUUUAAAAUUAGGUCACCAUCAGCACCGCCACCAGGCUGUGCUACUGUUGAAGACUCAGAAUUUGAACAGAACGUUCGGCGCCCUCUUGAGGAGAUAUUUGCAAUAUUCGACUGUGACCGAAAUUCAGAAACUUCUGUUGAAUCUGCAAAUGUUCGGAGGUUUUCAGAAGGUUUUGCUGCUAAGCUCAACAAGGCUGAUUCUAAACCACCAAUUAACAGUAGUGCUACGCAUAAAUGGAAGAAAGUGGGAUCAUUUCGACGACCGAAAAUAUCCAAGUUAAGUCAUUCUCAUGAGUCAUUAGUUGCCAGUGGAAAUGAUGGUCUGCUUCCUGAAAAGCUGGGCGCUGCCAACAGCAUCAACAGUAUUGUAAACCAUGAUGAUGGCAGUAAUGGUUGUGGGCGAGAGGUGAGCAGGGUGGCCUCCUGGGCCGUCAGCUUCAACCGACUUUUGGAAGAUCCUGCUGGUGUGGAAGUGUUCACAGAUUUUCUACAGAAAGAGUUCAGUGAAGAGAAUAUUCACUUUUGGUUAGCAGUUGAUGAUUUUAAGAGGUCACUUGAUGUGAAUAAGAGAAAUUCAAUCGCGUCUGAGAUUUUUGGAAAGCAUCUUGGCCCAGGAGCUUCAGAACCUGUGAAUGUUGACAGUUUAGCUCGCCAGACAGCAGAGCAGUUAUUAGACAAACCCACCUCAACCAUGUUUGAUGCUGCUCAGAGACAGAUCUUCCAGCUCAUGAAGCAGGACAGUUAUGCGAGGUUCCUCAAGUCAGAAUUCUACAAGACUCAUUUAAUGGCUGAGAUGGAGAGCAAGUUACCAACUUCUCGUACUGCAGUCUUUACUGCUGUUGCAAUGCUGCAUUCUAAAACAGGCAAAGAGGUUGACAAAAAGAAGUCAUCAAAAGGCAAAGAGGAAGAGAAGAGGCGCUGGUCUUUGUUACCAUGGAAACAAAAAACUUCUAAACCGAGUGAGAUGCAAAAGUUUCGUAAAUUUUCCAAAGAUGAAUCAAAGAAGAAACCCUCGUUGGCUACAAUGGAUUUGAGUCUGAUGAGGAAAGAAGUUGUCCAGGGGCGUGAGUCAACUUACGGCAAUGAAGAUCUGAGAUUUUGUCGCGUUCUUCUUCCUGACAACUCAACAGCCGUGGUCUGUGCCAAAUAUGGCCAGUCUAUCCAUCAGGUGUUGUCACAUCUUUUUGAUAAACGAAAUCUAACUCUUGAGUCAACAGAAGUAUUUCUCUUGGGAUCUGACAAGCCUUUGGAUUUAGCUGAAGAUAUGUCGAUUCUAGGCUCCAAAGAGGUCCUUGUUGAACGACGAACGUUCUUCCGUGUAGAAUUGCCAAAUCAGAAAAUCAUUGGAGUCAAAGCAAAACCAAAUAAAUUGAUAUAUGAUGUUUUCCGUCCCAUUCUUCAGAAAUAUGGCUAUAAAAUUGACAAUAUAACUCUUCAGAUGACAUCUGACCAAGGCUCACUUGAUCUACAGAUUCCUGUUUCAAGUAUCAAUGACCAGCAGGUUCUGGUUGUGCCAAAAGAGGACCUCCUGGAGAGGCCUGGUGCCAAGAGCAGAGCCCAAAUGGUUCCUUUGACCCCUGUCACUGUGGCAGUUAACUCCUCGGUUCCAGCUGUUGUUCUGCAUGCUACUCCUACUACCACAUCUCCUACUACUACUACUACCACCACCACCACUGCCAUUGUCAGUUCUGCAACCGACACUGGACGGCAUUCAGAGGGGCUAAACAGCCAUUCUAUCUUGUCAUCACCACCACCACGUCCACCACCACCACGAACUAAUGACUGCCCUGAUGACAACAAUGGUGGUGAUGGCGACAGUGAUGCUGAUACUGUUGUUGCUAGCAACUGGCGGGCGGCACGUCUGUCGCAAUCAGCGUCACUUGAAGAGAUAACUAACAAGGUGUUUGAAGAUUUAAUGUACGGCAAAUCGGCUGGGUGUGUGACACCUCUGUCCACCGCAGUGGCACUGUGUCACCCUCUUGACCCUAGCCGAGACCAGAAACAGGCAGCAUGCAGAGAACCAGCCGGCGUCGUUCGUCCUUGUUCGGCUACUUGCGUGGCACCGAGAAGAGAGUCAACUGUGCCAAAGGGAAUGCCCGGUUGGCUGAGUCCGUCUCUGCCCCUCGACCAAUUUCCUGUGAACAACCAUGUGAAGAGCUUACAACAGAAAGUGAAACCUUCAACUCACUGUAACGAAAAGGAAGGUGAUGCUGCCAAUGGUAAGGCACAAGAUUUUCUGGAAAGUCGAAAUGAUGUCCCUAAAUGUAAUGUGGUGUUGUUUGCUGAAGGUAGCAAUGGUCAGGUUCCAAGCCAUUUGGACAGCCAUCCUAAGGUGAGCUUGGAACCACCAAUUCCAGCAGCUAGAGAAAAAUCUAAAACUACUUUGACCAGCAUUCCAAAACCAAAACCACGUAAAAAACCUAUCCUAAUUCCUCGACAACAAAAGGAUACUGACAUAUCCCUUGUUGGGUCCUCAAGGUACCAGGAGGCUAUCUCUCGGGAAACACCAAAGUUGUAUGGUGCUAAAUUUAGUUCAAAUGCACGUUGUAUAAAAGAUUUCAAGACUUUUGGCUCCCCCUCUGACAAAGUGCUCCAUGAGCUCCAAGCAAACUUCCAAGAGACUGUUGCAUCACCACAUUCAUCAUCAGCUCAGGACUAUUUUCAAAGCUCACCUGGAACACCUUUGUACAACACUGAAGUAGUGCAGGACAUGUCACUGAUGCACGACUACAGUGCAGACUUCUGCAACCCCAAUUCAACUCUUGCCAUGUUAAAUUUUGGUGAUCAUCUUGUGCCAUCUACCCCAAUUGCAGCAUCUAGUCCCCGAAAUAGCACUGCACCCAUUGCCUCCCCUGAGGAUCUCUCACCUCCCCCUCUGCCUGCCAAACCAAAACGAUUUCAGAAACCAUCCAACAAAUUGGUUGCUGCAGCCUCUCCCCCUCCACCACCACCCCAGCCAUUCCAAGAGACCCUCUACCAUACAGAGAAGGCAGACUUUGCUCCACCCCCUCCAUUACCACAAACUUCAAAGAAAAAACCACCCAGAAUUACUAACCAUGCCAUUGUAUCCUACGGCCCCAUUCUCAGUCCAGCUUCUGGCCAUAAUAAACAACAAUCUCAUCCUCAAAGAGUCACUUCACCAAACCCAAACUACCCCCUUUGUAAACAGUACCCUGUAAUCCCAUCAACCAGUCCUUCUUCCAGACCUCUUGUAUUUCAGUUAGAACUUUCUGGAACACAGAAUGUGUCAUUUGUAUAGACACCUUAGUAGAAUAACUCCUGAAUUCACUUUCAGACAAUAGAU